UGUCUAUAACAUCCUUAAGUUUCUAUACAAAUACCUAACUUCAAACGAAAGUUUUUAAAAUGCAUACUUCUACAUAUUCUUGUCCGAACCGUCCUAAUAUGAUUGGAGAGUUCACAAUGUGCAAAUACGCCUCGCACAUGACCCUGAAAAAUCUAAUUUCACCCACAGCAUCGUCUUCAAAUGGAAUAGCCCAAGUCCCACAGAAAUGCCGCCCAAGGGCGGCACAGUAUAGCGCUCUCAUAGUGGAGGAUAUUUUGAGCGAUAUAUUUGCCGAGCAACGGGGAGAUUUUACAUCAGGCGAUUGUGAGGAGGUCUGCUGCAAGCCAGCAAAAGUUACCCUAGAACCAGAGCCCUAUGUCGAUAAACGCCUCAGGUAUUGGCGUGAGGUCUUGGAAAAGCGAAAGGAAAUGCAGAAACGUGUUCAGUCCCAUGCCAAAAAAAGCCCCGAUGAGGUGCUCUUCAACCGUCCUGUCACUGUGGACCAUCGCGACGAGCAGACUGUGAAGCGUCUGUUGGACUAUGCCCAUCGCAUGAAGCCCGACAAGUUGGCAGGCAGAAUGCAAGACAAACUAAAGGGGUUUAUGGAUCCCUGCACAUGCGAGUGCAUUGAGGAUGUGGAUGAAACCUUGCCAAAGGCAGAACGUCAUGGUCAUAAGCAAGUCGAAAUCGUUGGCCUGCCGAAUGUUACUAAAAAGGAGCUAUUGGGCAGAGGGGCAGCUAGUAGAGAUCUGCCACGUGGAUGGCAACAGUCGAAGGUUCUGAAUAAACGUCUGGAAAAAGGUUUUUGCGAAAUUCAUAAAGUUCUAGAAUUCUUUCCUGAUUUGGAUGGUCUUCAGGUUGUUGGUAAAAACAUUAAUAUAAGCACACCAAAGCCUACAAUUAUUUUGCUGGAUGAGGCGAGCAUGCACACAAUAAGUACUAGCAGCGAUAAAGUCUGUCUGGAGGAAUGCCAGUACGAGGAUUGGGACGAUCUAGCUAGCGGAGAGCCAGAGCCUUGCAUUGAAGUACCAGAGUUGGCACUUCGUAUAAAUGGCAAAGAAUUUAUACCAGGCGAUAUAUCUCUUUCCGAUUGCUACGAAAUAGCAACGAAGUUUUCGUGUGAUCCCUUUCAGAGGCAAGUCAAGCAUAUACUACAAGUGACCAAUACUGGCAAGCAAACAAUAACUUUCACUUGGACACAGGGCGUCUACUACUACAAUCGUGGAUCGCUGCUGCUGCCAGAGGACAAUGAGUUUCUAUUCGACAUGGAGGGUUUUCGCCUAACCCAUGGCGAAACAUACAAUCUCAUUGUCAUGUAUCAGCCGCGCAGAGUCGCUAUGGCAAUGGAGUUGUGGAAACUGAAAAUGGAACCGCGAAUCUUCUGUGGCAAUCAAGAGUCUCUUCUUUUGCGCUUCCAUGGUCAGUGUACACCACCCAGAGAUUAUGUGGCCAAGCUUAAGCAGUUGCAGACCACUCUCAUCCACAAAUCAAACACGGCCGAAAUGAAUCAGCUAACAGCACAGUUAGCUUCUCUAAUACCGGUCACUGUGCCUCCACCGACCUGUUGUCCCUAUGAUCGCACCCUAGAUGAGCGAGAGGUGUUCAAUGCCUUAAAUCCGGGCUAUAAUUGCAAACGGUUUGAUGACUUGGAGGUACUUAAACAUAUGCAUAAGCAGGUGAAGAAGCCUCGGGAACCUCACUGGGAUUUGCGUCUGGAGACCAUCAAAGAGUUUAUCUUACGGCUAGAAAAAGUGGAAGAUCGAGAAAAUAUGUUUACUGCAUUCACUACCUUAUUGUCCACAUUGUUGGGUGGUGGUCCAAGUCUGGACAUUGUUUGUCAGCUAAAUGAUCAAAAGCAACGCACUAGAUUUAUUUAUGUUCGUGGUGUCAUUUCCAAUGGCAUUGAAGAGUGGGAGGACCUUGUUUUUACUGUCGAAGAAUCCUUUUUCAAACCGGAACUACAGCGACACUACAUGAGACUGCUUCAAGAAGGAGAUGAACGGCAGGAAAACGAUGUAGAAGAAGAGGAAGACGAUGAGGACGACGACAAGGAAAGAUUGCAGCACAAAUUUAUUCAAAUAGAUCAAGAAAAGAUAUUUGCCUUUUUGGCCAAAGGAAAUGUGGAUCAAGAAAAGGUUUCCUCGACUGUUAUGAAGAAAUUGAAAAAAUCCAAGUACUUUCGCGAUGCACUUUAUAUACAAACCUAUACCCAUUUGUGCAAUAUAUCGGAAAAUAUUGUAUCCGUUAUUGAAAGCACCGAGUUUGUGCCAAACUGAUUAAUUUUGAAUUAAAAAUAUCAAAUUACCAGCA